AAUUGUUUUAUAUCUAUUGAAGUUAAAAAACAUUUCACUACAUGGAUUUAUUUUUCAAAAGUCUAAUUUUUUAUCAAAGUACAAUUGUUGUAAUCUGUUGAUAAAUCAAUUAACUUUUAAUCAUGGUAAUAUUCAACAAUUGGAUCUAAGUAAUAGUUUAGUUGGAGAUCAUAAUGGAACAAUUCUGUUACAAUGUAUUAAUGAGAACUGUAUGAAUAUUGUUGUAUUGAACUUUGCUAAUUGUGGAUUUACAUAUCAAAUUGGCAAUAUUUUUGGACUGACUAUUGGUAAACAACAUCAACUACAGGAGCUAUGUUUAAAUGAUAAUUGCUUGGAAAAUGAUGUAGGAAUUUGUAUAUUUGAAAACAUUAAAAACAACUGUCAUAGUAUUAUUAUAUUAAAUAUAUCAAAUUGUGGAUUUACAUCAAAAAUUGGCAAUAGUAUUGGUGAUGCAAUUGGACAGCAAAAAAGACUGAAAGAACUAGACUUUUCUAACAAUCUAUUGGAUGAUGAUAUUGGAAAAAAUAUCUUUUGGAAUAUAGAAAAAAGGUGUAAAAAUAUUUUACACUUAAAUUUUGAAUCUUGUGGAUUCACACAUGAAAUUGGAAAUAUAGUUGGAAAUGCAAUUGGUCAACAAAAGAACAUAAUCAAAAUUAAUGGAGCAGAUAAUCUUUUGGGAGAUAAAGUUGGAAAAAAUAUUUUUUAUAAUAUAAAACAAAACUGUAAUGAACUUGCCACUCUUAAAUUUUAUAAUUGUGACUUUACUUCAAAAAUUGGAAAUAAUAUUGGAGAUGCAAUUGGACAACAAAAAAAUAUUCAAUUAAUUCACCUUAAUGAAAACCAUUUUGGAGAUGAUGUUGGAAAAAAUAUAUUUUUAAAUAUCAGCAAUCAUUGUUACAAUAUCCUUUCUCUGAACUUAUCAACUUGUAAAUUUACAGAUCAAAUUGGCAAUGUUUUAAUUAUUGCAAUUUCACAACAAACCAACCUUCAAGAAUUGCUUUUAUCUGAAAAUCAAUUUGGUGAUACAUUAAUUGAGAAUUUAUUAAAGAACAUAAGAAUAAAUUGUAACAAUAUAUCAGAACUUAAUGUGGGAGAUUGUGGAUUUUCUUCAGCAAUUGCAAAUAGUGUUAUAGAAUUCUUUUGUGGACAGAAUUUUUUAGAAGAAUUAUGUAUUUAUACAAUUAUCUAUGACUUUCAUAUCUCAAAAGAGAUGCUUGUGAAUAUUGAAAAAAAAUGUAAACAUCUUUCUACCAUAUGUUUUGGAAAAUGCGAAUUUACUUCAGAGGAAGCAGGUAUCAUUUCUGAUAUAAUUAUUAAUCAACAAGACAAACUCAAACAGCUGUAUCUCUGGGACAAUGAGUUUGGUGAUGAAGGUUGGAAAUAUAUUUUAUCACACUUGGAGAACAAUUGCCCAAACAUAUCAAUUUUAGAUCUAGGUAAUUGCGGAAUUACUUCAGACAUUGGAAAUAUAUUAGGUGUUAUGAUUGGCAGAAAGAAAUAUCUCAAAGAAUUGAAUCUUUGGAAUAAUAAUAUUGAAGAUGUUGUUGGAAAAAUUUUGUUUUAUAAUAUAAAAGAAACACAUCAUAAUUUAACAUUUAUAAAUAUUGAAAAUUGUGGAAUUACACCAAAUAUUGGAAAUAUUUUAGGUGAUGCAAUUGGUCAACAGUAUUAUCUGCAAAGGUUAGAUAUUUCUAAUAAUUAUUUAGGAGACUAUGUGGGAAAAAAUAUUUUUCAAAAUAUUAGUAAUAAUUGUCGAAAUAUUCGUAAAAUCAAUUUUAAUGAUUGUGGAUUUACAUCAGAAAUUGGUGAUAUUCUUGGUGAUGCAAUUGGUCAACAAAAAUAUCUUAAUGAAUUAUAUAUAUUCAACAAUAAUCUUGGUAAUUUUGUUGGUAGACAUUUAUUCUAUAACAUAAAGAAAUAUUGUCAAUAUAUUAAAUGUUUAGAUCUGAGCAAUUGUAGAUUUACUUCACAAAUUGGAAAUACUUUAGGUGAUGCAAUAGGCCAACAAACAAAUCUUAGAUCUCUUUUUUUAUCUGAAAAUAAUUUAAGAGACUCUAUUGGAGCAAAUAUAUUUUCAAACAUUAAAUUGAAAUGUAAAAAAAUUUCAGAACUUGAAUAUUAUAAUUGUGGAUUUACAUCAAAAAUUGAUGAUAUUAUAGGCAAUGCAAUUGGUCAAUUAACUUAUCUUAAAAGUAUUUCUUCUUCUGAUAAUGCACUUACAGAUUAUGUUGGUUCUUGUAUUUUUCAAUCAAUUCAACAAAUUUGUUUUCAAAUAGUUUUUCUUAAAUUUGAAAAUUGUAAAUUUACUUCAAAAAUUGGAUAUUCUUUUUCUAAUGGUAUUGGUCAACAAACUAAUUUGGAUGUAUUACAUAUCUCUGGAAAUAGGUUUGGGGAUGACAUUGGUAAAAAUCUAUUUGAAAAACUAUAUCAAAAUUGUCAAAAAUUAACUUAUUUGGCUAUUAAAAAUUGUGGAUUUACUUGUAAAAUUGGCAAUUUUCUUGGAAAUAUGAUUGGCAGACAAAAAGAUUUGAAAGUGUUAGAUAUUAGUGAUAAUAAUUUUGGUGAUGAUAUUGGGAGAGUGAUAUUUAAAAAUUUAAAUGAAAAUUGUACAAAACUAUGCAAUUUGAAAUGUUCAAAUUGUGGAUUUACUUAUAGAAUUGGAAAUAUUAUUGGUGAUGCUAUUGGUAAACAAUGUUCCCUUAUUACCUUAAGUAUAAAAGAUAAUAAAUUAGGUGAUAUAGUUGGAAAGAACAUCUUUUCAAGUAUGAUAUCAGAGUGUUUGAAUUUAGAAUUUUUAAAUGUUCGUAAUUGUGACUUCACUUCAAAUUUGAGUUAUAUAAUUGGUGAUGCAAUUGCUAAUUUUACUGAGUUAAAAGUACUCUCACUCUGCAAUAAUCAACUAUGUAGUGUCAUUGGUAGAUAUAUUUUUAAAAAUAUUCAAAAAAAUUGUAGAAAAAUCGAAAUAAUCGAUUGCAAUAAUUGCGGAUUUACAUCUGAAAUUGGAAAUGUUGUUGGUUAUGCAAUAGCUGAACAAGCUAAUUUGAGAAUGUUGUCAUUAUAUAAUAAUUCACUUGGAAAUGAUGUUGGGAGAUGUAUUUUUGAAAAUGUUGAAAUGAAUUGUUGUAUGAUAGAAAAUUUUAAUUUUAGGAAUUGUAAUUUUACAUCUGAAAUUGGUAGAGUUAUUGGCAAUGCUAUUAGUAAACAAGGAAACAAUCUCAAAGAUUUAUGUCUAGCUAAUAAUCCAUUGGGAGAUAAUCUCGGAAAAUAUAUCUUUGAAAGGAUUAAAGAAAGUUGCUGUAAUAUUUUAAAUUUAAAUAUUGCGAAUUGUGGAUUAACCUCCAAUAUUGGUGAUAUUGUGGGUAAAUUCAUUGGUCAACAAACCCGAAUUAGAAGACUUUCAUUCUCUCAAAAUUCUUUUGGAAAUAAUGUUGGAAAAAGUAUUUUUGAAAAUUUAAAAAGAAAAUGUAAUAGACUUACAUUUCUUCACUUUGAAAGUUGUAAUUUUACAUUUCAUAUUGGAGAUUGUAUUGGAGAUGCUGUUGGAAAACAAAGAGGUUUGGAAUAUUUAUAUUUCUCUGAAAACUUUUUACAAGAUGAUGUUGGAAAAAAUAUAUUUGAAAAUAUUAAAGAAAAUUGCUUUAAUAUUUCUGUACUUAAAUUUGCUAAUUGUGGAUUUUCUCCGUUAAUUGGAAAUAUUUUAGGAGAUGCAAUAGGCCAACAGAGAGCCCUUAAAGAAUUAAUAUUUUCUAAUAACCAAAUAGGAGAUGAUAUUGGUUUUAAUCUAUUUUAUAAUCUACAACAAAACUGUUCUUGUAUAGUAAUUCUUAAAUUUGAAAGUUGUGGUUUUACUCCUAAUAUUGGAAAUGUAAUUGGUGAGAUGAUUGGGCAGCAAAGUCAACUUAAAAUAUUAUGUUUCAGCAAUAAUCAAUUUGGAAAUGAUGUUGGAAAAGGUAUCUUUCAAAACAUAAGAAAGAAUUGCCAUCAAAUCUCUGAAUUAUUUUGCAAUCUUUGUGGAAUUAACUCCAAGAUUGGAAAUUCCAUUUAUGAUGCAAUAUUUUUCCAAAAAAAAUUAAAAACCUUUCACAUUUGGAAUAUUCAAUUUAGACAAAUGGAUAUCAGUUGUCUUUCUGAAAACAUUAAAAUUAGAAAUAGACUUGGAUAA